AUGGACUUGUCUUGUGGCGAAAAUAUGGAGAAUUCAGGAAACAUCAACGAAAGAGCUGGGGACUUGUGCGUUGCCGGGUCCGAUCGAGCAUUGGAUCGCGACCCUCGCGUUCUUCUCAAUCUCCUGGCCUUGGAGAGAUCACAUGCUUUGCACACGGAUUACUUUCAAAACGUGCAAAUUGAUAUACAACCUUUUAUGCGUAAAGUUGUUACUACUUGGAUGCUAGAGGUAUGUGAAGAACAACAAUGUGAAGAACAGGUGUUUCCUCUGGCGGUGAGCUACAUGGACCGGUUCUUGGCACAGCGUGCGAUAUCUCGUCAGCAGCUGCAGCUUCUGGCUGUCACAACCAUGCUGCUAGCCUCAAAGUUUCGUCAGUGUCAUCCGCUGUCCGUAGAUUUGCUGUGUGCUUACACGGACAAUUCUGUUUAUCCCCACGAAGUGAGGCAAUGGGAGAUUAUGCUGCUCCAGAGGUUGAAUUGGCAGCUUUCAGUGGCAACAGCGUUUGACUUCGUGGAACCAUUUUUGGCCAGGGUACCGUGGGGCAGAAGCAAUUCGUUAAUUCGGACACACGCCCUCACCUUAACUUCUGUCUGUUAUACAGAAACGGAAUUUCUGCUGGUCCCGCCAUCCAUGGUUGCGGUGGCUUGCAUAACGGCUGCGGCUCGUGGAUUGCGAGUUCGAAUGUCUGUCAACGAGCUGUGUGCGCUGACGAGAACUCCUGCUGCAGCAGCUGAGCUGCUGGUAGCGCGGCAUGUCGAGCGAGUACUCGCUAGAGAGACUCAACCACAAGAACCAAGAACGAGAGUUUCCCAAGCACACAAACAUACCACACCGGAACACACCGAGCUCCCGGAUACACCAACAGAUGUUCAGGACGUACGUUUCUGA